UGCAACUAAGCAAAUGUAACAGUCUGGUGAUUCAAUGAAUUGUAGCGCUUACUCGGUGGGAACCUUUGUUACAGGGAGAUGGGGUCUGGUAGGAAGAUGUUGGAGAGCGGGAUUCUGGGAAGAGCUGAGUUCGUGGUACCGGAUGUGUGAUUUUCAAUAAAGUGUGUUCAUUUAGAAGUAAUACACAGUCUACCGAGCAGAACCCCAUUUGAUACUGUGGACAGUUUAAAGAUGGAAUCAGUCCCGAUUAAAGAGGAGCUCCCUAAACUUGAACUGGUCCCCAUUAGACUGGAGUUCUCUGGACUGUCUUCCCUCCCCAUUAAACAGAAGCUCUGUGAGAUGCCAUCUGACAGCAUCAAGUCGGAGGUGUCUGGGAUUAAAGCUGAGCGCAAUGAAUUGGAGAUCUCCCAGACAGAAGAACCCCUUCCUGUGAAUGAAGAGGUGCUGGAAAUGUUACCAAGCAGAACCACGUUUGAUGCCUUGGACAAUGUGAAGAUGGAAUCUGUCCCGAUUAAAGAGGAGCUCCCUAAACUUGAACUGGUCCCAAUUAGACUGGAGUUCACUGGACUGGCUUCCCUCCCCAUUAAACAGGAGCUCUGUGAGACGCCCUGUGACAGCAUCAAGCCAGUGGUGUCUGGAAUUAAAGCUGAGCGCAACGAACUGGAGAUCUCCCAGACAGAAGAACCAGUUCCUAUGAAAGAAGAGGUGCUGGAAAUGGUGCGUAUUAAACUGGAGCCCCUGAAAGAGGAGGUACUCUUGAAACCAGGGAAGGAAGAAUCCGAAGACUUGAAAGCAGCCCCCACUGAGCUGGGUCCGGUACACCUGCGGGAGUGUAGCGUGGUGCUGGUGAGAAUCUAUGUGAGAAAGCAAGGCUCUGGAGAGGAAGGCUCUCCCAACAGCACGCAAGGAGGUGGACAGGACGACGAGAGCUCACAUUCAGAGUGCAGUCCAGCAGGUUCCAGUCCAGCAGUUAAAGCAAGGACCCAGUUAAGGAAUUUAAAAAUACUGAGAGGAGAGAAAUUAAAAUAUACCAGAGGAGAGAAACCGUAUCACUGCUCUGACUGUGGAAAGAGUUUCAGGCACUCAGGAGACCUUGUGAUACACCAGCGAAUUCACACAGGAGAGAAACCCUAUCGCUGCUCUGACUGUGGAAAGAGGUUCAAGUCAUCAGGACACCGUACAGCACACCAGCGAAUUCACACAGGAGAGAAACCGCAUUGCUGCUCUGACUGUGGAAAGAGUUUCAGGAACUCAGGAGACCUUUCAAAACACCAACGAAUUCACACAGGAGAGAAACCUUAUCGCUGUUCGCACUGUGGGAAGAGUUUCAGUCGGUCUGGAAAUUUUGAAUUGCAUAAGCGAACUCACAAAGGAGAGAAACCAUAUCACUGUUCUGACUGUGGGAAGAGUUUCAGUCGGUCAGAACACCUAUUAAUACAUCAGCGAAUACACACUGGAGAGAGACCGUAUCACUGCACUGACUGUGGGAAGAGUUUCAGUCGAUCAGGACAACUUGUAACACACCAGCGAAUUCACACAGGAGAGAAACCAUAUUACUGCUCUGACUGUGGGAAGAGUUUCAGGGAUUCAACAGACCUUGUAAAACACCAGAGAACUCACACAGGAGUAAAGCCAUAUCACUGCUCCGACUGUGGUAAAAGUUUCAGUCAGUCAGGACAACUUGGAAAACAUCAGCGGAUUCACACAGGAGAAAAAACGUUUCAUUGCUCUGACUGUGGGAAGAGUUUCAGUUCGUUAGCAAACCUUGUUUCACACCAGCGAAUUCACUCAGGAGAGAAACCGUAUCACUGCUCUAACUGUGGGAAAAGUUUCCGUCACUCAGCAUCCUUUGCUGUACACCGGCACAUUCACACAGGAGAGAAACCGUAUCACUGCUCUCACUGUGGGAAGAGUUUCGGUCACUUGGCAUCCUUUGCUGCACACCAGCGUAUUCACACAGGAGAGAAACCGUACCGCUGCUCUGACUGUGGAAAGACUUUCAGACGGUCGGGACACCUUGUUUCACACCGGCGCGUUCACACAGGAGAGAAACCGUACCGCUGCUCUGAUUGUGGGAAGAGUUUCAGUCAGUCAAGAUCCCUUGUUACACACCAGCAAAUUCACACAGGAGAGAAAAAAAAAAGAAAAUGUAAAUAAUGUUCCUGCAUAAAAAUAACUUUUAUCCAUUUUGCUUCCUGGCAUUUCAGCACAGCAGUGUGCUGCUGAAUAGUGUGGCUGCCCAAGCCGAGGAGACAGUCAGAACAAAUCCUUAAAUGGAAUUUACUAGUGUAACGACCUCGCCCUUAGCACAAAGCCAACCACUAUGGAGUGAUUACCUCCCUAUAUUAAAUAUAUCCCAUGACAAAAACAAGUUCGACAAACAGCUGUUUAAAGGGGUGAUCUCAAAUGCAAAAAUCCAAGUUAGGAGAAGCAAUUAGGCCAAUCUUGUCAAGCAAAUAGGCACAAUUGGAAAGGUGCUGGGGCCCAAGAUUCACACAAUUCUUGCUUCUAACUUUGCGCCUUUUUUUUGAUCGCUUCGCUCCACUUUAUCGCUCCUCUUGAAAUGCUCUUUGUAUGAUUGAAGUGACUGAGACACACACUCACAUUGUAAUACGAAAGACAUAAUUUCGGAUUGGAUCAGAAUCUGAGUGCUCAUGUAUCACAGAGCAGCUCUCCUGGUAAACCCUUUGAAGGAGGAAACAAACUGCUAUUGUUAAUUAUUUUGCAUAGAAUGGCACAAGGCAGCUGUAAUAGAGUAAAUGUGGAUGCGCUUUUAGACUGUGUGUUGCUGCUUGCCCCACCUUGUGCAAAUUCAAAGUGUAAAACCAGAUAACACAACAAGCAGGGCACAAGCUAAGCGAUGAGCUGUAUUUGAUUAGGGAAAUAAAAUCUGUUUACUUUGACUAUCUGCGUCAGUCUGGAUUCUUAUAGAAAUCAAAUGUAAGACAACAAAUAUACUAGAAGUGUCAGGGGUGGAAGUUGCAGGUUGAGAUUUUAGAGUCAGUGUUUCCCUGCAUGCAUCACUGUGAGCAGCUCCUUCCUCCAGACACAGACCCACACUGGAAUGUUUAGAUGACUGGGUGUGAGGAGCCUUGUGUUAACAAUGGGAGAACUGGGCUGACUGGGGAGGUAACUGCUACUGCCUAUUUCAAUAGUCUUAUUACUGUGUUGUUACAUUAUGGACAGCAGUGGUGCUCUGGCUCCCUCUUGUGGUCACUAUUAAUAUCUGCUGUGUGUCUCUCGGAGGUCAAAUUAAUUGCUCUUUGUCAUUAAAAUGCUGUUUUUAUCAUCAAA